CCUUCUGAGGAGCUGUCUGCAAUGAGUCCUUUUACCAUCUGCAUACGUUGAAAUUAUAGCCGUUUAUAGUAUUGGAACCCUUUCUCGUGCACUUUGAAGUACCUCGUGAACGAACGGUUGAACUACUGAUUUCUCAAUCGCGCCUCGGAACACGCUGAAAGCUGACGCCGAGGUGUUUCGCUGCUGAGUACCGAAGAUGGACAUCGUAUUGAGACAGCAGAUGUGUCUUAAGGAAUGCUACGAUUCUUUACUUCAAAAGCCAGAAGCCCAAGACCGCGUGGAGCUCAAACAAAACUUGCGAAAGCUGAACGAGUGCAACUACAGCUUUCAGUUCAUUAGUAGUCGGGACGCUGAUGUGAUAAUCGUACUUCUCAUCGACACGCUGUAUGCUAUACAGGAUGACGACCUCAUCUCAUAUUUCGGGCAGCUUGUUUUUGAUAUUUGCACAAAGCAAAAGGUCACAUUGGAGACGAGGACUCUACACAAAGCGAUGGAAUACUUCCUCAAGGCAUUGUCUUUCUGCAGCUUUUGGGUGUUGUCAAACUGCAUCAGUGCCUGUGGUGCACUCCUCUAUUCAAAUGUGCCACGGCUUGAGCAGUUCUGGGAGCAACUGCUUGGUCGAGGUUGUACAUUUGAGACCCUGCUAUCCUCGCUGGAGCUUGACAUGGAUGCAAAGCUUGCAACACUUAAAGCUCUUAGAGCAAUGACUGUUAGGAACCCCGGAGAACCUUACAUGCCAGACGCUUACAUCACUCGAAUGGUGGAGAUACUUCUCAGUGUGCUCAGUGGACCGUGCUUUAACGACAACACAGUGCAAGCACAGACUUUGGUGAUCAGUGCCUUGAGGUGCUUGCAGAAUAUUUUUUCUACAAAAUGGAAUUUUUCCAGUGAGCAUCUUGGAAACCUUCUGGGUAUCCUCAAAAGCCUCUCAUUUUUUGGCUUCCCGGGGCAGAAAAACAGGCAGUACCUAAGCCUGAAUCCAAGCCCGUUGUGCACACAUUUACCAUCGGUCGCAACCAGCGAUGAAUCUCAGAGUCAGUCAAAGCCAUCCACGCCAAGGCGAAGGAAUCGUAAAAAGAAGGUCAAAAAAGGGAAUGGAUUUCCAAAGGAGGACACUCCAGAGCAGUCUGAAGAUGAGGGCACGAAGACUCCCCUUCAGUUUUGGAAAAAGACAUCUAGCUCAGAGUCGGAGCUUUCCGAUUCUGAAGGAAGUCAGGUAGUGAGGCAGCGUCACCUGCAAGCAAGUGUCCGUCGUAACGUCUACUUCUCUCUCACUUACAUUACCAAGGUUGUUGACAGCCGAGAGAUGUUUGGCUACUGGCUUCAUUUUCUUCCCGAUAUACCAGUUACCAUCGGUGCACCUCAGACUCAGACAGUUCUUUUGACCAUUUUGAAGGAUCCCAAUCCACAGGUUCGAGUUGCAGCUCUUGAUUUGUUGACUGCCUUUGUGACCAAGUACAAGCCAUUCCUUGGGCUUGCAGCAUAUAGUGGCUCAAAGAGAACGGCCUUCACCACUUUGUCCGAAACUGUGGCUGCCAUCUUGGGAGAGGUGCAUCGAUGCCUUCAUCUAGCCAUUAUUGCGGAAAACAAUUCGGCACAAAUUAUCCAGCUUCUCAAGUGCCUAUCAGCCGUGGUCACAGGAUCUCCGUAUCAUCGCUUGCAACCAGGACUUCUGAGUCGCGUCAUCAAUGAUGUGGCCGUCUUUAUGGACAACAAAGACACCCAGGUACAGGUUGCUGCCUUGACUGUGCUGGGUGCAGUGGUGAAUGUGACUCCGUGGCCGAAGGAAGUUGCUGUAGCAUUGGAGCAGAGCAGCCCCCCUGGUCUGAGAAACAACGGCACAGAGAACACGAAUGGCAGCGACAAGACUCCCGGCUCCUGUUGGCUUGUUGCAGCUUGUGCUGACAAGCUGCUCGUGGACAUGACCGAGUCUGCUCGGAUAGCUACAACAGCUGUACGAGUUGAAGCACUCCAAGUCAUGACCAACAUGUGCCAGGGAUACUUUGCACAACUCAUGAGGUCAUCAGGCUUUGUGGUGUCAGCAGUAGAAGCAUGCCUUCAGGACACCAAUUCAACCAUCAAAAUGCACACGUUGAAACUUCUUGGUGCAUUCAGUAAGAAACUGACUGAGGCCAUCUGCAUGAAGCAAGAUGAAGAUAAAGCUGAUGCACAGCGUUUCCUAGAUUUGGGACGUCAUCUUUGGUUGGACUGUCUACUUAAUGGAACACUACAGUCUUUUCUUCAAGAUCUUUCUGAACCAAUGCUACAGACAGAGAGUUGCAAUUGCCUCUCCACAAUUGGGUCGGUUAUGUGGGAUUCCUUGCCUGAUGACCGCAGAGUGUUGUGCAUCACGGUGCUACUUGGCCUUGCGCGGUCACCUGACAGCAAUGGAAACGUUGUGGAAUGGACAGAAGAUGCCUUUGUUCGUAAUGCUGCCAUCAGGUGCCUCAGCAUCUUCUGUAUGUACACUUCACUGCGGGAGGAUCUUUUGUUCCUGAUGGACGUUGGUGAGAUUGCUGUGGAAGCACUUGAAGAUACUAGUGUUCGUAUGAAUGCAUCAUGGGCUCUCAGCAAUGUGGCUGAAAUGCUUUCUCAAUUAAGGAAGAGUGGGUCAGAGGUUGCAUCCGAAGUGCCAGAUACUUUCAUCUGUCUUCUUGGGAAUGCAGCCAUUCGUGUCCGGCCAGAUAAAAACCAAAUGCAAGCAAACGCAGUGAGGGCACUUGGAUGCCUACUACAGUUUAUUUCAGCUAAGAAUCUAGAAAAUGAGAACAUCAGAAAGCUUGUCAUCAGUUCGACGUCAUGUUUGAUCCAGAGCCUCAGUGCGGGACUGAUGAAAGUGCGCUGGAAUGCCUGCUACUCUUUGGGCUGUCUAUUGGGAAGCACGGAUGUUGUGUCUGCAGACUACGUUGACGUGGUGUCUGUCUUUAGUGCUCUACUUUCAAGCCUGAACAGCUGUAGCAACUUCAAGGUACGCAUACAAGCGGCAGCUGCCCUGGCAGUGCCGAAAGUACGCAGCACUUAUGGGGACCAAAUGCAGACUGUGUGGUGCGGCACCCUGACUGCUGUUGAAGGCACAAAGCAGUCGGUCGACUAUCGAGAACUGCAGCACCAGGAACAGCUCAGGGAGCAGUUGUGUGCCACAAUAUGUCAUCUCCUGUCACUGGCAAAACCUGAAGACUUGCCCGGCAUGGCACGAGCUGCAUUGGAACACGAGUGCAAUAUAUCUGGUGCCUUUAAGAGGACUCAAGGAAAGCUAUCACUUAUAGAACUGUUAAACAAAUCUCGAGAGAACGUUAGAAGAAUAUACCAGGAGUCCUCAGAUAGCUCAACUGCCAAAGUGCUAAAGCUGCUGGACAGCCUGCUCAAGGACAAAGAAUUUACUGAUCUGUUGUCACUGAAGGGGCUAGACAUUCAUUAGCUCUUUAUUGUUGAUAUUUUAUGCUAGCAUUUUUUCCCAGUUAGAGAAUAUUUUUUAGUGGAUUCUUGAUGCAUUUUUACUUCAAGGAACCAAGAGCAGAUUCACCGAGUUGGCCAUAUUGGUCAGGACUCUCGAUAACAGCUAGCUAAGUUUGUUGUAUAAAAUCAUGCGCCACAAUUGUUGAGUGAGCAGAGGCUUCUUUUGGGGCCAUUUUUUUCUACAUUUAAGUGCUCUAUUGCACAUCUUGCAAUGCAUGAAUAAACCAUUUUCAUAUG